GCAUUUUGAAGCUGAGAUAUUCUAUUUUCCCAAAUGGAGUCUGAAUGAGAAUAUAAUGAAGGAAAGUAUAAAAAUAAAGGUCACAGCAUUCCAUGUACUUCGAUGUGCAGAAGAAUGAUUUUAACAUACAGUGAGACCAAAUGGCCAAACACUGGCCGAGGAGGGACAUUGCUGCAAUUAGCUGCAGUCUGACGCAUCGGCCGCCUUCACCAGGAAGAGGAUUGCGUUGCAGCGGAGGCUGAGACCAGGAUAUCGGGGAAGUGGUGGAAGACCACCAAGUCAAGUAUUGAGUUUGGGGAAGAAGAAUCCACAUCUUUCAAGUCAUACAGUAAAGAGGAAACAGGUCCAUAGGCCCAGUCUGUGAACAUUCUAGACAAGAUUCUGUUUUCUUGUUCCUUUAUUUCUCUGCUGAGAAUAUAUUUACUGUUCAUUGGAAAAGCUGAGCAGUCCGAACGCUCCUUGGAAAGUCCAGUACAAAAGGGCAAGAAAGUAACUUCAAGAUAAAGCAGUUUAAUGAAAAUGAACGAGUAUAAAUAGCCCAGCGGGAAAGGAGUUGUGUAUACGCGUGGUUCUGCAGCUGUCAACAUGGCUGCCGGAAAUAGUCAUCCUGCUAUACGCAGAGUGGCCAUAUUUGGGGGCACCCAUGGAAAUGAGUUAUCCGGAGUCUUACUAGUUAAACACUGGUUAAAACAUGGAGAGGAAAUUGCCAGACUAGGUAUGGAGGUGAGACCAUUUAUUACCAACCCGAAAGCUGUGGAGAAAUGUGUUAGAUAUAUUGACACUGACCUGAACAGAGUUUUUGACAGUCAAAGUCUUAGCAAUGAUUGUUCAGGAAAAGAACCAUAUGAAAUUGCACAAGCACGAAAAAUCAACUCCUUAUUUGGGCCAAAGGGCAGUAAAGAUGCUUACGAUGUAAUUCUUGACCUUCACAACACCACGGCACACAUGGGAGCAACACUGAUCCUGGAGAAUUCUAGAGAUAAUUUCACUAUACAGAUGUGUAACUACAUUCAGAAGUCCAUGGCUCCUGUACCUUGUGCUGUGUUGUUGAUUGAACACCCUGGAGUAAAAUAUGCAACAACCCGCUCUAUAGCAAAGCAUCCUAUUGGCAUAGAAGUAGGAUCUCAGCCUCAAGGAGUUAUUCGAGCAGAUAUUCUGCAGAAAAUGAGGAAUGUAGUGAAGUUAUCACUUGACUUCAUGCAGUGUUUUAAUGAAGGUAGAAAGUUUCCUCCAUGUACUAUUGAAGUGUACAAAGUACUGGAAAAGAUAGACUACCCAAGAAAUGACAAUGGUGACGUUGGGGCAUUUAUUCAUCCAAACCUCCAGGAUCAGGACUGGAAACCGCUGAAUCCAGGCGACCCAAUGUUUAUUACAAUGGAUGGAAAAGUUAUCUGCUUUGAAGGCGAAAAUAUUGUUUAUCCAACAUUUGUGAAUGAGGCGGCAUACUACGAAAAAAAUCAGGCUUUUGCCAAAACCGAGAAAGUGACACUGACUGCAAACUCUAUCCAUUGUUACUCCAUAUAACUACAUGUCAUCCCUGUCACACCAUGUGCCUUAGAUAUUGGAGAAGCCUAGGUGGUUGUUUUUUUGUUUUUUUGUUUACAGGAAUAUAUUUUAUCUUUUAUACAAAAACAUACAUUUCCUGCCUCUUGGGCAUAGUCACACCAUACGCUCUUGGAUAGUGGACAUUGUAAUGGACUACAGUGGUCCCUCAAGUUACAAUAUUAAUUGGUUCCAGGACGACCAUUGUAUGUUGAAACCAUCGUAUGUUGAGACCAUAACUGUAAGGAAACCUGGUAAUUGGUUCUGAAGCCCCAAAAUGUCAUCCAAAAAUAGGAAAAAGUGAGAAUUAAUGAAAAAUAAGUAGAUAACUAAUAUAGAUAAAGCAAAUCCUUACAUAUAAAAGUAAGAAAGAGCUGCUGGGAGCUGUAAAUCACUGUCUAUGUCAGUGUUUCCCAACCCGAGUGCCUCCAGCUGUUGCAAAACUACUAAGGGUUGGAGGCACCAUGGUUGGGAAACAAUGGUUUAUGUAGAGGACAGGAGCUUCUUCAGGGUCCUAUACAGUACACACAGUGUCCCAAAUGGAGCCGCCCUUACUUGGUGUCCAAAAGAGCAGCUAACCCUGGCACAGGUAAGGAGUAGUACAGAACUUGUAGUUCCUCCCUGUACUGUAGGGGGCGCUACCAGACAGCCAGUCAGUGCAGGCACUUCAGUAAUAGAGGUGAUUUACCAGUAAAAUGCCCAUUUUGAUUGGUCAGUUCGUCCAGUUGUGACACGUUUCACAUAUCUGGACUGUCUGUACAUUGUAUGUUGAGUCUGGUUUCAAGUUACGAUGGUCCAGAAAAAAACGUUGUAUGUUGAAACUAUUGUAUGUUGAGGCCAUUGUAAGUUCAGGGAUCACUGUAAUAUAAUAACAGCAUCCAUACAGGCGCUCCAUACAGGAGAUCGCAGGGGGCCCCAGCGGUCGGACCCCCCGCGAUCUCAAACUUAUCCCCUAUCCUUAGGAUAGGGGAUAAGUUGUUCACCACUGGGUCACCACUGGACUACUCCUUUAAACUAAAUUCAGUGCUCUAGCACCUAGAGCAGUGGUCUUCAACCUGCGGACCUCCAGAUGUUGCAAAACUACAACUCCCAGCAUGCCCGGACAGCCAACGGCUGGGAGUUGUAGUUUUGCAACAUCUGGAGGUCCGCAGGUUGAAGACCACUGACCUAUAGGUCAACUUAAAGAUACAGGGGGAGAUUUGUAAAUCUCGUGCAAAGGAAAAUUGGACCAGUUGCCCAUAGAAACCAAUCAGAUUACUUACAGGACGUUCAUAUGUUGGCUCGCCGAGAUAAGACACUUUAGAAGACUCUUGUUACUCUUUGUUUUGUGCACAAUGGGGGAGAUUUUCCAAAACUUGUUCAGAGGAAAAGUUGACCAGUUGCCCAUAACAAUCAAUCAGAUCACUUCUUUAACCCCUUAAUGACAAAGCCCAUUUUCACCUUAAGGACCAGGCCAAUUUUAUUUUUGCGUUUUCGUUUUUUCCUCCUCGCCUUCUAAAAUCCAUAACUCGUUUAUAUUUCCAUCUACAGACCCAUAUAAGGGCUUGUUUUUUUGCGUGAACAAUUGUACUUUGUAAUGAAACCUCUCAUUUUACCAUAAAAUGUACGUCGAACUCAAAAAAAGAAAACAUUUUUUAGGGAUGAAAUUUAAAUGAAAACCAAAAUUUUGCACAUUUUGGAGGGGUUCGUUUUCACACUGUACAAUUUACAGUAAAAAUGACAUGUGUUCUUUAUUCUGUAGGUCAAUACGAUUAAAAUGAUACCCAUGGCUAGAUACUUUUAUAUUUUUGUAACUCUUAAAAAAAAAAAUCAAACUUUUUGUACAAAAUCAGUAAUCUAAAAUCGCCGUAUUUUGACCACCUAUAACUUUUUAAUUUUUCCGUAUAUAGGGCGGUAUGAGGGAUCAUUUUUUGCGCCAUCAUGUGUACUUUUUUGUAUGAAAUUUUUUGAAUAAAAUGUGACAAAAAAAGCUGCAUUUUUGGCCUUUUUUUACUUCUUACAUUUACGCCAUUUGCCGUACGGGAUCAUUAACAUUAUAUUUUGAUAGUUCCGACAUUUACGCACAUGGUGAUACCUAAUAUGUUUAUUUAAAAAAAUCUUUACGCUUUUUGGGGGUAAAAUGGGAAAAAUUGACAAUUUUCAUUUUUGUUGGGGGAGGGGAUUUAUUUUUUUUUUUUACACUUUUUAUGUCCCCACAGGGGACUAUCUAUAGCAAUCCUUUGAUUGCUAAUACUUUGCAGUGCUAUGCAUAGGACACAGCACUGCUCAGUAUUAUCGGUGAUCUUCUGCUCUGGUCUGCACGAUCUCAGACCAGAGCAGAAGACCCUGGGAGACGUCCGGAGCCAAGUAAGGGGACCCCCGGCCGCCAUGCUGGAUGAUCGUAUGUAUCGCAGCGGCAGCGCUGCGGCCAAUCCGAUCAUCCAAUAAAAGUAUCGCAAUGCCGCAGAUGCCGUGAUCUGUAUUGAUCAUGGCAUCUGAGGGGUUAAUGAUCACGGCAUCGGAUGUCAGCUAUUACUGGCGGGUGCCCGGCUGCUGCUAGCAGCCGGAACCUGCCGUGUAUGACGCAAUCACCCUUCCAAUGCUCGCGGUCACACACAGGACGUAAAGGUACGUCCUGGUGCGGGAAGUCCCGCCAAACCAGGAGGUACAUUUACGUCCGUGAUCGUUAAGGGGUUAAAG